AUGGCUCGUGGAAAGAUUCAAAUGAAGAGAAUUGAAAAUCCGGUGCAUCGGCAGGUGACCUUUUGCAAGCGCCGUGCAGGGCUUCUUAAGAAGGCUAAGGAGCUAUCUGUGCUAUGUGAUGCUGAAAUUGGAGUUCUUAUUUUCUCCUCCCAUGAAAAGCUCUAUGAGCUAGCCACCAAAGGAAGUAUGCAGAGUUUGAUUGAGAGGUACAUGAAGUGUAACCCGCCUGGAGUUCAAACUGAGCAUCCCAGAGAUAAGCAAGUUAUGGAUCUGAAGGAAGAGAUUAGCAUGCUGAAGCAUGAGAUUGAUGCGCUUCAGAAAGGGCUGAGAUUCACAUCUGGUGGAGGAGUUGGUGCUACGACAUUGGAUGAAUUGAAUGAUCUCGAGAAACAUCUUGAAGUAUGUGUUUAUCAGAUUCGCUCGACAAAGAUGGAUAUUAUGUUUCAAGAGAUCGAGUUGCUCAAAAAUAAGGAGGGGAUACUGACAGCAGCAAACGAGCAUUUACGGGAAAAGAUAGAGGAGCAGUAUGGGAUUAAUAGUUCCACGCCAGCAGUGCUGACUGAUAUUCAAUAUCCAUUAUGGACUAACACUCAGUGCCCAUUAACCAUACAAAAUGAAAUAUAUCAGUUCUAA